AUGGUUGCGCUCAGGCUGCCUACCCUCACCUCACUCUCUGCCGCCGCCACGGCGGUUCCCCGCCACCACUUUGGACGCCAGCUACGCCUCCCCGUCCGCCGCAUAUUCGCCGCUGAUUUAUCAACUCAAAGCAGCACCGUCGAGAAGGAAAUAGCAACUCCUCCCGAAAGCGAGCGCAGGUCGGCGAAGCCCAAAGUCCAUCCCGGUAAGGAUCGAGUAAUCACUCCUCGCUCGCAGGACUUCAACGCAUGGUAUUUAGACGUCAUUGCGAAUGCGGAGCUAGCUGAUUAUGGUCCUGUUCGGGGUACCAUGGUUAUUCGCCCAUAUGGUUACGCAAUUUGGGAAGCAAUUCAGGAGUAUUUAAAUGUGAAGUUUAAGGAGACUGGUCAUAGUAACAUGUAUUUUCCUCAGUUUAUACCUUACUCAUUCAUUGAGAAAGAAGCUAGCCAUGUCGAGGGUUUCAGUCCAGAAUUAGCCCUUGUGACAAUUGGGGGAGGAAAGGAACUGGAAGAAAAGCUUGUGGUUCGUCCUACAAGUGAAACAAUUGUCAACCAUAUGUUCACUCAGUGGAUUCAUAGUUAUCGUGAUCUUCCACUAAUGAUCAAUCAGUGGGCAAAUGUCACGAGAUGGGAGAUGCGUACGAAACCAUUUGUGAGAACUCUUGAGUUUCUGUGGCAGGAAGGUCACACAGCCCAUGCAACCUCCGAGGAAGCUGAAAAGGAGGCAUUACAGAUGAUUGGUGUAUACACAAAAUUUGCUUUUGAGCAAGCUGCAAUACCUGUUAUUGCAGGUCGUAAAUCAAAGGUUGAGACCUUUGCUGGUGCCUCAAAGACAUAUACAAUCGAAGCAAUGAUGGGUGACCGGAAGGCUUUGCAGGCUGGAACCAGCCACAACCUUGGGCAAAAUUUUUCCCGAGCAUUUGGGACACAGUUCACAGACGAAAAUGGAGAAAGGCAACACGUAUGGCAGACAUCAUGGGCAGUUAGCACGAGGUUUGUUGGUGGCAUCAUUAUGACACAUGGAGAUGACGCCGGCUUGAUGCUUCCCCCAAAUCUAGCUCCAGUGCAGGUAAUAGUAGUUCCAAUAUGGAAGAAAGCAGAUGAAAGGACAGGGGUUCUGAAUGCUGCCUCAUCUGUGAAAGAAGUUCUUCAAGCCGCUGGAAUUAAGGUUAAACUUGACGACUCUGAGCAGAAAACACCUGGCUGGAAAUUUAACUUUUGGGAAAUGAAGGGUGUGCCUCUAAGGAUUGAGAUUGGGCCUCGAGACGUUUCAACCGGUUGUGUGGUCGUCUCUAGAAGAGAUAUUCCAGGGAAACAAGGAAAAGUUUUUGGUAUAUCAAUGGAAUCUUCAACUUUGGUGGCUUAUGUAAGAAGCAAGUUGGAUGAGGUCCAGUCCUCUCUUCUUGAAAAGGCCAAGUCUUUUCGAGAUAGCCACAUUGUUGAUGUCAGCUCUUAUAAUGAGCUUAAAGAAGCAAUAGCUGAAGGCAAAUGGGCAAGAGGCCCUUGGUCAGCCAGCGAUGAAGAAGAAUUGAAGGUGAAAGUGGAAACAGGGGCGACCAUUAGAUGUUUUCCGUUCGAACAGCCUCAGGGGGCAAAGAGAUGCUUGAUGACUGGCAACCCAGCAGAUGAAGUUGCAAUUUUUGCCAAAUCUUACUGA